CAGUGGGUGCCAUUGCGCGGGACUCUUUUUAGCGCUUGAAAAUUGUUUAUGUUUUAGCUGUAGUAAUUGCACUUGACAAUCCACUAGAUUAUACAUCUACUGUAACGAGUUUACGGUGGUAUAAUGCAUUAAUGCGCUUAGCUACAAACGUGCCCUUUGCUUCAAAUAUAUUGGGAUAAGCAUUUAUGCGGUUUGUAAAGACGAUGGAUCCGACAGAUUUUCUAGAAGAUGAGCAACUUCUGCAGUUCCUCCACUGCAGGAAAACGGAACUGUCAGUUAUCGAAGAUCCACGUCUCUUUUUGAACCAGCUUAACGACUACAAUCUACUACCGACUGAUAUGUACGAGAAAGUGAUCCGGACGAAGAGUAAAACUCAGAGGCAGAAGAGUGUGUACGAGCUGCUGGACUGGCUGGAGAGGAGGAGACCACAGCACAUCAAGCUGUUCUGGAAGUGUGUGUUCAAGGAUCAUCUCCUUCUGCAGUAUCCCACUCUGCAGCAGCUGCGCAACAGCCUGAUGGACGGGUCGUUUACAUUCUCUGAAGAACUACCAGAAAAGGUGGAGCAGGGGAUAGAGAAGAAGAAAGCUCCUGAGGACGGAGACAAGAUAAAGAAAAAGAAGACAAGAAGAGGUGUGAGUCUGGAUGAGGAGCAGGCUGGGCCGUCGUCCCUGCACAGCCCACGCAAGAGGAAGAAAGUCCAGAAGCCAAGCUUUGGGACUCCUCUGACCAAGGGGCAGAGCAGGGACAUCUGGACCUGGGAGCUGUAUCGGACGCAGGUGCCGGUCACAUGUGGGGACAAGGAGGGUAUGCUGUACAGAGCCAAGCUGGCCAAAGGAGAGAAGUGCAUCAUAGUCAAGGACAAGUGGUUCACCCCCGCUGGCUUUGAGGAGUUCGGGGGAAUGAAGAGCUGUAGGAACUGGAAAGGUUCUAUCCGAUGUGGUGGCACCCCUCUGGACAAACUGAUACAGGAAGGUCACCUGACAUCUCCAGGCAUGACCAGAAACAGGAGCCACAGUCCAAAGAUUAAGAGAACUCUGUUUCCCAGAAGCCACUCCAAGACCUCCAUUACUGAAUCUGAAUCUGAGGAGGAGGAGAGAGAGACAGGAGAGUCCGACUCUGAAGAGGGCAGCCGUGAUGGUGGUCAACCUAAAGACUUCAAAGUGACCUGUGGGAUCAUCAGUGGAGUCUUACAUAAGUACCGUUUUGCAUCAGGGACUUGUGGGAGGAGCAUCCGUACGGAGCACAGCUGGAUGACCCCCGUGGAGUUCCUGAGGGUGGGGUCAAGCUCCUCAGAUGACUGGAGAAGAGACAUCCAGUGUGAUGGGAGACCUCUCUGCUCCCUCAUAGAGGAGGGGAGUUUGACCAUCCAUACCCGGUGUGUGUGCAGGCUCUGCAGCUCAGACCCUGAAGACCUGAAGGAACAGAGCAGUGAUGAUGACUGCUUCAUCUGCCGAGGAGACGGUAACCUGGUGAUGUGUGACACGUGUCCUCGAUCCUUUCACCAGGACUGUCACCUGCCCAGACUGGAUGACGCCUUACUGAGUAGCGAAUGUGAGUGGGUGUGUACAGUCUGUGUGUACCAGACCAGCAAAGACUGGCGCUACCCAGAAGGAAAAACCUUGCGAGAAGCUCAUUCCUGCCCCGUCUACACACACCUACUGGAAUGCCAGUAUCUCCUCAUGUAUAUGUACCAUGCAGACGAGGAGCGGGUCUUUGCUACAGAUUCCUGCCUUAAGAUUGAGGGCUACAGGCGUGUGGUCAGGACUCCCAUGUGGCUGGACAAGGUGAAGGAGAAACUCCUCAUGUAUAUGUACCAUGCAGACGAGGAGCGGGUCUUUGCUACAGAUUCCUGCCUUAAGAUUGAGGGCUACAGGCGUGUGGUCAGGACACCCAUGUGGCUGGACAAGGUGAAGGAGAAACUCCAGCAGGAACAGUACCAGACAGUUCAACACUUCAUGAUGGACCUUCUGCUCAUCUUUGACAACUGUGCCACUUUCAACAAGGAUGAUAAAAGGAUCCGUGAUGUUGGAUUCAAAUUAAGGGAUUGCUUUGAGAGGGAGUUCACUAGUGUUUUCAGGGUUCAACAGUAAACCUAUUUUAUGCACCUUUUCUUGUUUUACUAUGGGCUCAUUAAUUAAUUAAUCAAUUAUAAUCAUAAUAAUAUUUUUUUUAAAUCUAGAAUAGUUAUUAUAGUUUCCUCAGAUGAAAUCUGGGGUCUGUGUUUUAUCUCUCUUCUUUAGUCUUUAUGUCUAAAGUAUCUUUACUGCAAGAAUAAUCAUUUUUAUGAAGUCUUGUCUCACAACUGCCAAAGCACAGGAUGGGGUUCAACUACAUACAAGACAGAAGUCAUGAUAUUGUUUCUAUAACUUUAUUAAAGUAACAUUUCAGGGGGUAAUAUUUCAGUAGGGGGUCAGAUGGCUGAGCGGUAAGGGAAUUGGGCUAUUAACCCUUGUGUUAUCUUCGGGUCAUUCUGACCCAUCAGUCAUUGUGACCCACCGUCGUAUUGUGACAAAUUUACCUCAUACAAAAACAAAGUGAAGCAUUUUCUUUUAACUGUCGGGCUGUCUCAGACCCCCCACAUUGGAAUGGUUAAAAGAAAAUAAUUUGUAUUUGUUUUUGUAUUGGGUAAAAUUGGGUAAACACAACGAUGGUUCGUUAUGAACCUUUGGGUCAUGUGACCCGAAGGCAGCACGAGGGUUAAUCAGAAGGUUGCCGUUUCGAUUCCCGGCUGCGCCAAAAUGACGUUGUGUCCUUGGGCAAGGCACUUCACCCUACUUGCCUCGGGGGAAUGUCCCUGUACUUACUGUAAGUCGCUCUGGAUAAGAGCGUCUGCUAAAUGACUAAAUGUGAAUGUAACAUUCAUGUCUGAACUAAAAGGCUCAAGACGCACUUGUUCCGGGAGUACAACGGUACUUGGGAAUUAUUUGCUGGACCUGAUGUUAGUUUCCUCCAGGAACAUAAUGACUCUUAUUGAGGGACUUGUUGCUCUUGUUGGUUAGUUGUAACUGAUUUAACUUAUUUUACUCUCUGUGAAGAGGCUCACUAAACCAAAACUGUAAAAUCCCACAGCGCAGAACAUCUUUUGGCACAUCAGCCUUUUCUUUCAGGGCUUGUAAACUGUGGAACUCACUGCCCACAGAGAUUAAGAACAUUUCUGAGUUUGAUGCUUACACACAAAUUCCUUACUUUUCACACAAUUUCUGAAACCUGACACUCAAACACCAGAACCACACCUCAAAUCUGCAAAACCAUAUGCACAUUUUGGGCCUUUGACUCCGUUUUCAAUUUCAUAAAACACUUUUUGCAAAACAUAACACACAAUUCUCCAGGUAACACACAAAAUUCUAACGGGAAGCAUCUUGAUUUCCUUUGUAAAACACAACCAAUCAAAAUGCCACACUAAUUCAUCAGUGCCUUACACUAACUCCUCAAAUGUGCAAACACUCAUUGCUUUACUCAACACCAACCAAUCAUGGCUUUAGAAUAGGCCUAUAAAUAGCCUAAUUUGAGUUGAUUUACAGUGGUGGGUAUAAUUUGAACCUUUACUGUAGAAAAGAUAACAGGUAUGUAACAAUAUACUGUAAUGUACACAUGUUCUAAUGUACACAUAAUAGCUGUUUCAGCACAACACAUGGUAUACUAUACACAAACACAUAUUUUAGCACCCAUGCAUCCAUUGACUGUAGUGCACUUCUUGAUUGGUCACAGUUUGGUGGAUUACUGUAUCAUACCGUGCAACAGUACUGUGACUGUAAGAAGACAUUCUGACAAUAUUGUAGAAAUUAGUAUAUAUUACUGUAUGCUACAGUUCAUGGCACACACAGACACACCAUUCUGUAAUCACCUUUUUCAAAAUUAGGUUUGGUUUCUGUCCUACUAAACUCGUUCUUUUGUAUUGUGUAAUACUGUAUUCACAACCACAAAUGCUUAUAGUAAAAAAAUAAGUUUGUUUUCAAUCUUGUUUUCGUGUUUACCAUGAAUUUUUCAUAAUAUCUGCCAUUUACUUUCAAUCUUGUACAGAAAUGUACAAAGAAGCUCAUGAAAGAAGAGAUUUAGGUUUUGAAUAACUGUGUGUAUAUGAUAUAUCCAAAGAUGUAAUAUAAUGGCAAAAGUGUUUGCAACAUGAGACAAAUGUGUGCUUUUGAGACGUGUUUGUGAUAUUUUGAAUGCAGUGCUUCAUUUUGCAAGAGAAGCGAGGCAUUUUGCAUUUUGUGUGUGCAGUUAUUGGAUUUGUGUGUUAAGUUUUGAAAAAAAGAGGACAAGUAAAAAAAAAAUGUGUGUAAGCAUUUGAAAAAAACUGUAAGGCAUGGCUGAAGAAAAAAAACAUUUAAAAUGUUUGAACUUUUGUACUUUUUUACUUUGGAUUUUUUUAAUUGUAUAUUGUUUUUAUUGUGUGUUAUUGUAGAAAGGCCCAUCCAGGGACGGGAGUUGAAAAUUAGCACUUGCUAUAAUCUCUAUGUGCAUUACAUCAGCUGCAAACUUUGCUCUACAGCUAUGUUUAUCUGCAUUGUCCCUGUCAAAUAAAUUGUAUAAAUAAAUAUUAUUGUUGCUUGCUUUUUUACAGGUACACUCUUGCACUUUUGAGGUUCAUGUUGUUUAAUUGCAACUUGUUUAACUGCAUGCUCUUAUGAUUCUUCCCAUUGGCACUUAUUUGGUUUUUCACAAUGUAUGCUUCAUGUUUUGUCUACCCGCAAUGUUUUUGGGGCUAUCUCGUUGUUAUGAUCAUUGACCUAUGCACUUU